AUGCUAAGGAGGGCUAGUUGCCAGUCUUUAAGGUCACCUGCAUCUAUACAGAGUCGUCAAUUCGUGCUAGCAAGCGCUUUGACCUUUGGAAGCCUCGUUUUCGGCCGCGAUGCCCGUUUGGCAGAUGCUAUGGACAGGGGAGAACUCCAUAACAAGAAUAAUACUGGGGAACCGUUAAAAUACAAAUCAAUUGCAGAGUCUCGCCCUAUGAAACCCAACUACAAGGGCCACAUCCCGCUGUACCCUCACGAACGAGUAUUAUUGUUCGUCAUUUCAGGUCUAAAGUCGUAUUUCCAUCCGGAAGAUGGCGAAAACAUCGUCCAAUUGGGCGAAGCAUCGGCAUUCACGUUUUUUCUCGAGAACCUACAGCAAACCAUGCUGGCAGAUAAGACGGGAAGACGCAUUUUGAGGGAACAACCCGAUAUCACAUCGGAAAGCCUUGACAUGGAACGUCUUGGCAAAAUGCCACCCAAUACCUUGGGAUACAGCUACUACAAAUGGCUAAUAAAGGAAGGAGUUUCACCCGAUACCAGAGCUCCUGUCAAAUAUAUUGACGAUCCUUUACAUGCUUAUGUUUUCAAACGCUAUCGCCAAUGUCACGAUUUCUACCAUGCCAUCAAUGACCUUCCAAUCAUAAUUGAGGGUGAAAUAGCGGUCAAAGCACUCGAGGCUGCGAAUAUGGGUGUUCCCAUGGCUGCAUUGGGGGCUUUGCUGGCGCCUCUGCGCUUGAAGCCGGUGCAAAAGGACCGUUUGUACAAUGUCUACUUGCCCUGGGCUAUCAAAAGCGGUUUGAGCUCCAAGUCGCUGAUAAACGUCUACUGGGAAGAGCUUUUAGACCAUGACUUGGAUGAAAUUCGCAAACACUUGAAUCUCUCGCCUCCGCCGGACCUUAGACUGAUCAGAAAGGAAAGAGCUCAGCAGCGGAAACAGUUCAAGCUCAAAUAUGAAAAGCACGAAAUCCAGCCUUAA